UCAAACAGUCAACACCAGACUAAAACAUCCCAUCCCAAAAUGGCAUUCAAAUUCGCCGUCUUCGCCGCCAUCGUGGCCGUCGCCAACGCCGUCGCCAUCGGAUACCCGGCGCCGCUGGGAGCUUACCACGCUCCCCUCGGUGUGGCCAAGAUUGCCGCCCCGGUCGUCGCCAAGGUUGCCGAUGACUACGACCCCAACCCGCAGUACAGCUACAGCUACCACAUUGCCGAUGCCCUGACCGGAGACAACAAGGAACAGCAGGAGUCCCGCUCGGGAGACUCCGUCACCGGAUCGUACUCGCUGGUCGAGCCCGAUGGCACCCGUCGCGUCGUCGAGUACACCGCCGAUCCCGUCAACGGAUUCAACGCCGUCGUCCACCGUGAGCCGCUGGCCGUGAAGGCCGUCGCCCCGAUCGCCAAGAUUGCCGCCCCGUACGCCUACCCGGCCGUCGCCAAGGUUGCCGCCCCGCUGGCUCCCUACGGCUACCCCGCCUACGGCAAGGCCAUCCUCGGUUAA